GUUCGAUGGAGAGCAAGAGAGGGAGGGCAAGUGAGUGAGUGAGUGAUAGAGCGAGAGAGAGAGAGAAGGAGGGAGAGAGAGGGAGGUGCUGCAUCAGCUCGGCACACACAGGACGCAGCAACAUCAGCAGCCUCGUCUUAGAGGUCUAUUGUUCCCUGUUUUCAUUACGGACAGACCUCGUUGUCCCUCGCUGACCUAGCCACCCCAGAGAGAGAGAGAGAGAGGAGGAGAACCCUUCAUUCACCCAGGAUUACUUCUUCUUAGAGGAACGGACGGAACAACCCUCGUGUGAGAAAGGGACAAAAGCAAAGGGAGCAGAGUACACUUCGCCGCUGCGUCUGCCCGCCUCCUCAGCGUGUUUUUCUGUCUCCGUUGUGUUGCCUUCUCCACUCUUUUUCUAUUUGGUUUUCUGUAAUUGUGUGGAUUUUAUCCCCGCGGUCCCCCUGCGAGAGCCAUGGGGUUGCCCGGUGGAGUGAAGGGGAUGCUGGGUGUGUGGAGGGAGUUACUUCCCUCUCACUGGAGGCUGGUGCUGGUCCUCUUCUGGAUCUCUGGAGCCACAGAGGCACAAACUGCAGCCGACACCAAACCAACUGUCUACGUCUGGCAAACAGGUCCAUGGGGCCGGUGUAUGGGCAGCGAGUGUGGCCCAGGGGGCAGCCAGAGCCGGGCAGUGUGGUGCGCCCACUCUGAAGGCUGGACCACUCUUCACACCAACUGUGACCAGGCAGAGCGCCCGGAGAACCAGCAGAGCUGCUUCCACGUAUGUGACUGGCACAAAGACCUGUACGACUGGCAGUUGGGCGCCUGGAACCAGUGUGUGCCCGUGUCCAUGCGGAGCACUGGGGCACUCCAGCGGCCAGCCGUAUGUACCCGCGGCGAGGAGGGCAUCCAGACACGCGAGGUGGGCUGCGUCCAGAAAGCAGAUGGCGUGCCCGCGGAGGAUGCAGCGAUUUGUGAAUAUUUUGAGCCCAAGCCCAGGCUGGAGCAGGCCUGUCUGAUCCCGUGCCCGCGGGACUGUGUGGUCUCCCAGUUCACCCCAUGGACUUCCUGUUCGAAAACGUGCGGCAUGGGUCUUCAGAAUCGUGUCCGUUUUGUCCUGGCGCCGCCUCUGUUCGGGGGCUCGGCCUGCCCUAACCUGACAGAGUUCCAGACGUGUCAGCCAGGUCCCUGCGUUGGCCCAGAGAGUCUCUAUAGUCUAAGGGUGGGGUCCUGGGGUCCCUGCUCUGUACCCCUCCCUCGCACGGCCAGGCAGGCUCCCACCCUUACUCACGGUAAAGAUGUGGCUCUCCCUCGCCGGCUUCGCAAGGGCAGAGAGGGUAAAGAGGGUAAAGAGGGCAGCGAGGUUCCCACCCCACGCCAGCCUCGACUGAGCAAAGAAGAAAGGAUGAAAAGAAAGGAGGAAAGAAAGGAGGGUAGAAAAGGAAGACAGGCAGCCAAAGAAGGACGCAGGAAGAACAAGGAAAGAGUCAAGGAGAGGGUGAGGGAGCGGGUGAGGGCGAGGGGGAGGGUGAAAGACCCAGAGACCAAAGAGCUGAUAAAAAAUAAGAGGACCAGGAACAGACAGAACCGACAGGGAGGGAAGUUCUGGGACCUGCAGGUUGGUUACCAGACCCGGGAGGUGACCUGUGUUCACAGGAGCGGCAACACUGACGCACUGAGCCUGUGUUCUCGGGAGUCCCUACCAGUGACAUACCAGGCCUGCGUACUGGCCAAGGACUGUGAGGUGAGCGACUGGACCGACUGGUCGCCCUGCUCCAAGGACUGCUACGAGCUCAACGGGCCCACGGGUGAGCGCACACGCACACGCCGGGUACACCAGUUCCCGGUGGGAGAAGGGGAGGAGUGCCCCGAACUGGAGGAGAAGGAACCCUGCACCCCUCAGGGAGAAGGGGUACCCCCCUGCAUUGCGUACAACUGGAAGACAACGGAGUGGACCGAGUGCAGGGUGGAUAUGUUGCUAAGCCAACAGGACCGUCGUCGUGGUAACCUAACUGGGCUGUGCGGGGGCGGAGUCCAGAACCAUGAGGUGUAUUGUGUCCAGGCAACCAGUGCCGACCCUGCCUCAAGCUCUCUCAAUAGCAAGGAAGCCUCCAGGCCUGUUGAUGGUGACCUGUGCCUCAGCCCGCCCCCCAACACCACCCAGCUGUGCCACAUCCCCUGUCCUGUGGAGUGUGACGUGUCCUCCUGGGGUGCCUGGGGACCCUGCACCUUUGAAAACUGCCUGGACACAGCUGCCAAGAAAGGGUUCAAACUGAGGAAGAGGAGUAUCGUCAACGAGCCCACCGUAGGAACAGGAAGCUGCCCUCACCUGGUGGAGGCCAUACCAUGUGACGAGCCCAGCUGCUAUGAUUGGCUGCUGGUGAAGCUGGAUGAGUGUAUCCCGGACAACGAGAGAGAGUGUGGACCAGGCACCCAGAUACCACAAGUCCAGUGUGUCAACGGUGAUGGUGAGUAUGUGGACCGCCAGUUAUGCCGUGAUGCCAUCCUGCCCAUGCCCAUCAUCUGUGAGGUGCCUUGCCCCAUGGACUGUGUCCUCAGUCCCUGGACCACCUGGUCCCUGUGCUCACACACCUGCUCCGGGAAGAACACAGAGGGAAGGCAGAUGAGAGCACGCUCUGUACUGGCCUACAGCGCAGGGGAAGGCGGGGUCCAGUGCCCCAACAGCAGUGCUCUCCAGGAGGUGCGGAGUUGCAACGACCACCCUUGUACUGUGUACCACUGGCAGACAGGACCCUGGGGACAGUGUAUCGAGGACACCUCGGUCCCCUCUGCCAACUCCACAGGGGCUCGGGCCGGAGUUGGGGGAGGGGACUCCUCAUGCUCUGUGGGGAUGCAGACACGGAAGGUCAUCUGUGUACGGGUCAAUGUGGGACAGGUGCCACCCAAAAAGUGUCCGGAGAGUAUUCGUCCUGAGACAGUCAGGCCUUGCCUCCUGCCAUGUAAAAGAGACUGCAGCGUCACCCCCUACAGCGACUGGAGCGCCUGCCCUGCCACAUGCAAAGCAGGCGGCAACGCGAAAAGGAAACAGAACAGGAAACGCAUCAUCAUCCAGCUGCCGGCCAAUGGGGGACAGGACUGUCCGGAGGUGUUGGCUCAGGAGAGAGACUGUGAGGUGCCGUCUGUCUGUCUGGGAUACAGGUGGAAGACACACAAGUGGCGGCGAUGCCAGUUGGUUCCCUGGUCCGUGCGUCAGGACAGUCCUGGAGCUGUGGAGACCUGUGGGCCUGGGCUGCAGGCUAGAGCUGUCUCAUGUCGGAAGCAAGAUGGGGGUCAAGCGGACAUGGGAGCAUGUCUGAAGUUUGCCAGCUCCAUGCCCUCUCUGACCCAGCCCUGCCAGCUCCCAUGCCAGGACGACUGCCAGCUAACCACCUGGUCCAAGUUCUCUUCCUGUACACAGGACUGUGUGGGCGUCAAGACCCGCAAGAGGAUGCUAGUGGGAAAGAGCAAAAAGCAAGACCAGUGUAAGAACAACCAGGUCUACCCCCUCAGUGAGAUCCAGUACUGCCCCUGUAACAAGUACAACGCCCAGCCCGUGGGGAACUGGUCGGACUGCAUCCUGCCUGAGGGUGGGCGCGUGGAGGGCCAGCUGGGCAUGAAGGUCCAAGGGGACAUCAAGGAGUGUGGCCAGGGCUACCGCUACCAGGCCAUGGUGUGUUACGACCAGGACAACAGGCUGGUGGAGACGUCACGGUGCAACAGCCACGGGUAUAUUGAGGAGGCUUGCAUCAUCCCCUGUCCGUCUGACUGCAAGCUCAGUGAGUGGUCAAACUGGUCACGAUGCAGCAAGUCCUGCGGCAGCGGGGUCAAAGUGCGUUCCAAGUGGCUGAGGGAGAAGCCUUACAACGGUGGUCGACCGUGCCCCAAACUGGACCAUGUCAACCAGGCUCAGGUGUAUGAGGUGGUGCCCUGUCUCAGUGACUGUGGUCAGUAUGUGUGGGUGGCUGAGCCCUGGAGUGUCUGGAAGGUCAGCAACGUGGACCUGAAGGAGAACUGUGGAGAAGGAGUGCAGACCAGAAAAGUCAGGUGUAUGCAGAACACUAUCGAUGGGCCGUCGGACCCUGUGGAGGAUUACCUGUGUGACCCAGAGGAGAUGCCUCUAGGGGCCAGAGACCGCCAGCUGCCCUGCCCUGAGGACUGUGUCCUGUCUGACUGGGGGGCCUGGAGCCGCUGCUCACUGCCAUGCAACAAAAUCAGCACUCGGGAGAGGACAACAUACCCCGUUCGUCAACCUGGAGACGGAAAGCUGUGCCCCAACACCACGGAGACAGAGCCCUGCAGCCUCAACAGCAACUGCUAUCACUACUCCUAUAACAUCACCGAUUGGAGCACCUGUCAGCUGAGUGAGAGAGCUGUGUGUGGUAUCGGCAUGAAGACACGCAUGCUGGACUGUGUACGAAGCGACGGCAAGUCUGUCGACCUCAAGUUCUGUGAAGAGCUGGGGCUGGACAGGAAGUGGCAGAUGAACGCUUCCUGUGUGGUGGAGUGUCCCGUCAACUGCCAGCUAUCUGAUUGGUCACCCUGGUCCGAGUGCACACAAACCUGUGGACUAGCAGGGAAGCUGUGGCGCAGGAGAACGGUGCUCCAGGUGCACCAGGGUGAUGGGCGACCCUGCCCCCCUCAGAGGGAACAGUGGAAGCCUUGCCCCGUCAGACCCUGCUACCAAUGGAGAUACAGCUCCUGGUCCGAAUGCAAGUCUGAGGGUGCAAGGUGCGGAGAGGGGCUGCGGUUCCGUAACGUGUCCUGCUUUGUGUCGGACGGGUCUGGCCAGGGAGAGGGCAGUCUGGUGGAUGAUGAGCUGUGUGGAAACCUUGAGCCCUCGGUAGACGGCGACAAACAGAUCACCCUGGAAGAACCCUGUACCUCGCCCUGUCCAGGUGACUGCUACCUGACUGACUGGACAGUGUGGAGCCCGUGUCAGCUGAGCUGUGUCAGUGGAGAUGACCUGGGUUUCGGCUCGGUGCAGGUCAGAUCCAGAGCCGUGCUGGCCCAGGAGCCAGAGAACCUACUGCAGUGUCCAGAACAGGAGUGGGAGGCCCGGCCCUGCACUGAGGGCCAGUGUUAUGAGUACAAGUGGAUGACAGGAGCGUGGAGAAGCUCCUCUCGACUGGUCUGGUGUCAGAGAUCUGAUGGAUUAAAUGUCACAGGUGGCUGCCCUAUGACGGCCCAGCCCUUGGCAGACCGAUCAUGUGAUCCAGCCUGCAACAAACCGCGCUCCUACUGCACAGAGGCGGGUGUGUGUGGUUGUGAUGAGGGCUACACGGAGGUGAUGACAUCAGACGGCCUGCUGGACCAGUGUACGGUGAUCCCUGUGUUAGAGAUCCCCACGGCAGGGGACAACAGGGCUGAUGUGAAGACCAUCAGGGCGGUCAGCCCCACACAGCCCUCCAACAGCCUGCCUGGCCGAGCUGGACGCACCUGGUUCCUACAGCCCUUCGGACCAGAUGGUAAACUGAAGACAUGGGUCUACGGUGUGGCAGCUGGAGCUUUUGUUCUACUCAUAUUUAUAGUCUCCAUGACCUUCCUAGCCUGUAAAAAGCCAAAGAAACCCCAGAGAAGACAGAUGUAUAACAACCGGCUCAAGCCCCUGACCCUGGCCUAUGACGGAGACGCUGACAUGUGAACCUCCUAAUCUACCUGUGGGAGAAUCAUUUUACACUGACGUCAUGGAGACUGUCGUCGUGGGAACAGACAGAUGGGUUGUCAUGGAGACCCACCUUUGACCGUUCUUCUCAGGCUACCAGUGGGCGUGGCUUAUUAAGAUAUCUGGAACUCUGGGAAGAUAACAAAAAAAAGAAGAAAAAGAAGUCAGACAGAAAUCGAACCAUGUUUGUUCAUUAGUAGCCUAGAAUUUUCCUCCCUCAAUAUUUUUGAUUUAUUUAAUUUUUGUAUAAUUUGUUUCACAAGAGCCUUCACAAACUCUAUUUCUUCUUAAGGAAGUCUGCCUUUGCUUAUCUGCCAUUUACUACUUUUUCUGUCAAAUAAAAAUGCCUUUUGAAACAAAGGUUGUUGGAGAGGGCCCUGAAAAAACACAAUGAUUUUUGCUGCAAAAGCAUAAGUCCCUCCUUUGCUACAGGUGCUCUGUUAAAAAUGAAAUGAGAAACACUCAACGCUUUUUUUUACAUUUUCCUGGAGAAAAUCGCUGCCUCUCUAUUUUUGUUCUGGACUGGAUCCUUUUACCUAGAAAAUAAAACAAGAAGAAAGUGUCCUAAUCUUGCAGAAAUGCUGUCAACCUUUGUAGGAAAUCUCUUUCUGCUUCUCCUUUUCUCUUCUGUUUUCAGGCGCAAUAUUGCACUAUAUUAGUGCAGCAUGAUACUUAUGUCUAGGAAGCUGCCUCUCUCAAUACAAGAUGAUGUACAGUCUUGUGCUAGAAAUGUAAAAAAGUAGACAUUUUUUUCAAAAACAAAAACUCACCAACGUUUGUUAAGAAUAUUUUGCUUAUUUUGCUUCUUGUAUGUGAUAUGAUGACGGGACGGACGAUGCCAUGUAAAUAUCCUUUAUUUUGUGGGCACCACUUUUCCUUUGUAGUAGUAUCUGUUUCCAGCUGCGCUUAACUGAGCCUGGCGCAAUGGAGCCAUUGGAAUAGUCAUAAAAAUGCAAAACCGCCCAUCUGCCACUCCAGGCUCAAUUAAAUGCUCAAAGUAUUGGAAAGAAAAGAAAUACUGAACCCAGCUCUGAACAUGUCUCAUUGUCUGACUGACUGACUGACUGACUGACUGACUGACUGACUGACUGACUGACUGACUGACUUUAUGUUUGUCUCCUGUUGGUUUCUCUGCCUGACUGACUGACUUUAUGUUUGUCUCCUGUUGGUUUCUCUGACUGACUGACUUUAUGUUUGUCUCCUGUUGGUUUCUCUGCCUGACUGACUGACUUUAUGUUUGUCUCCUGUUGGUUUCUCUGACUGACUGACUUUAUGUUUGUCUCCUGUUGGUUUCUCUGCCUGACUGACUGACUUUAUGUUUGUCUCCUGUUGGUUUCUCUGACUGACUGACUGACUUUAUGUUUGUCUCCUGUUGGUUUCUCUGCAUGACUGACUGACUUUAUGUUUGUCUCCUGUUGGUUUCUCUGCCUGACUGACUGACUUUAUGUUUGUCUCCUGUUGGUUUCUCUGCCUGACUGACUGACUAUAUGUUUGUCUCCUGUUGGUUUCUCUGCCUGACUGACUGACUUUAUGUUUGUCUCCUGUUGGUUUCUCUGCCUGACUGACUGACUUUAUGUUUGUCUCCUGUUGGUUUCUCUGACUGACUGACUUUAUGUUUGUCUCCUGUUGGUUUCUCUGCCUGACUGACUGACUUUAUGUUUGUCUCCUGUUGGUUUCUCUGCCUGACUGACUGACUUUAUGUUUGUCUCCUGUUGGUUUCUCUGCCUGACUGACUGACUUUAUGUUUGUCUCCUGUUGGUUUCUCUGCCUGACUGACUGACUAUAUGUUUGUCUCCUGUUGGUUUCUCUGCCUGACUGACUGACUUUAUGUUUGUCUCCUGUUGGUUUCUCUGCCUGACUGACUGACUUUAUGUUUGUCUCCUGUUGGUUUCUCUGACUGACUGACUUUAUGUUUGUCUCCUGUUGGUUUCUCUGCCUGACUGACUGACUUUAUGUUUGUCUCCUGUUGGUUUCUCUGCCUGACUGACUGACUUUAUGUUUGUCUCCUGUUGGUUUCUCUGCCUGACUGACUGACUAUAUGUUUGUCUCCUGUUGGUUUCUCUGCCUGACUGACUGACUUUAUGUUUGUCUCCUGUUGGUUUCUCUGCCUGACUGACUGACUUUAUGUUUGUCUCCUGUUGGUUUCUCUGCCUGACUGACUAUAUGUUUGUCUCCUGUUGGUUUCUCUGCCUGACUGACUUUAUGUUUGUCUCCUGUUGGUUUCUCUGCCUGACUGACUGACUUUAUGUUUGUCUCCUGUUGGUUUCUCUGCCUGACUGACUAUAUGUUUGUCUCCUGUUGGUUUCUCUGCCUGACUGACUGACUUUAUGUUUGUCUCCUGUUGGUUUCUCUGACUGACUGACUUUAUGUUUGUCUCCUGUUGGUUUCUCUGCCUGACUGACUGACUUUAUGUUUGUCUCCUGUUGGUUUCUCUGACUGACUGACUGACUUUAUGUUUGUCUCCUGUUGGUUUCUCUGCCUGACUGACUGACUUUAUGUUUGUCUCCUGUUGGUUUCUCUGCAUGACUGACUGACUUUAUGUUUGUCUCCUGUUGGUUUCUCUGACUGACUGACUUUAUGUUUGUCUCCUGUUGGUUUCUCUGACUGACUGACUUUAUGUUUGUCUCCUGUUGGUUUCUCUGCCUGACUGACUGACUUUAUGUUUGUCUCCUGUUGGUUUCUCUGCCUGACUGACUUUAUGUUUGUCUCCUGUUGGUUUCUCUGACUGACUGACUUUAUGUUUGUCUCCUGUUGGUUUCUCUGACUGACUGACUUUAUGUUUGUCUCCUGUUGGUUUCUCUGACUGACUGACUGACUUUAUGUUUGUCUCCUGUUGGUUUCUCUGACUGACUGACUGACUUUAUGUUUGUCUCCUGUUGGUUUCUCUGACUGACUGACUUUAUGUUUGUCUCCUGUUGGUUUCUCUGCCUGACUGACUGACUUUAUGUUUGUCUCCUGUUGGUUUCUCUGCCUGACUGACUUUAUGUUUGUCUCCUGUUGGUUUCUCUGCCUGACUGACUAUAUGUUUGUCUCCUGUUGGUUUCUCUGACUGACUGACUUUAUAUUUGUCUCCUGUUGGUUUCUCUGACUGACUGACUUUAUGUUUGUCUCCUGUUGGUUUCUCUGCCUGACUGACUAUAUGUUUGUCUCCUGUUGGUUUCUCUGACUGACUGACUUUAUGUUUGUCUCCUGUUGGUUUCUCUGCCUGACUGACUAUAUGUUUGUCUCCUGUUGGUUUCUCUGACUGACUGACUUUAUGUUUGUCUCCUGUUGGUUUCUCUGACUGACUGAUUAUAUGUUUGUCUCCUGUUGGUUUCUCUGCCUGACUGACUGACUUUAUGUUUGUCUCCUGUUGGUUUCUCUGCCUGACUGACUUUAUGUUUGUCUCCUGUUGGUUUCUCUGACUGACUGACUUUAUGUUUGUCUCCUGUUGGUUUCUCUGCCUGACUGACUGAUUAUAUGUUUGUCUCCUGUUGGUUUCUCUGCCUGACUGACUGACUUUAUGUUUGUCUCCUGUUGGUUUCUCUGCCUGACUGACUUUAUGUUUGUCUCCUGUCGGUUUCUCUGCCUGACUGACUGACUUUAUGUUUGUCUCCUGUUGGUUUCUCUGACUGACUGACUAUAUGUUUGUCUCCUGUUGGUUUCUCUGACUGACUGACUAUAUGUUUGUCUCCUGUUGGUUUCUCUGCCUGACUGACUGACUUUAUGUUUGUCUCCUGUUGGUUUCUCUGACUGACUGACUAUAUGUUUGUCUCCUGUUGGUUUCUCUGACUGACUGACUAUAUGUUUGUCUCCUGUUGGUUUCUCUGCCUGACUGACUGACUUUAUGUUUGUCUCCUGUUGGUUUCUCUGCCUGACUGACUUUAUGUUUGUCUCCUGUUGGUUUCUCUGCCUGACUGACUGACUUUAUGUUUGUCUCCUGUUGGUUUCUCUGACUGUUGAAGGCUUAUUAUGGUUAAUCAUUGUUUUUCCAUUUAAUUUAUUGUCUUAAUUCAUCUCAAAGUGCACUGCAGGGAAUCCGGAUUCCGCAUGGCAGAAAAAUCACAUUGCUCACACCAUAAAGAAGCAGAUUAAAGGAGCUGUUGGAUGUUUAUUGAGAGAAACACAGCAGCAAUUCUAUUUGAUGAUGCUAUUGAAAGGGUGCAUUUUCACAGUGCAAGAGCAAUGUGAUUCCUUUUUCCUACUGCGAGUUUGAUUGAAUAUGGUCUUAGUUGUUAAGACAGACAGAAGGGUGUGACUGGGUUUGUUCACAACGUCUUCUUUACCUUCUGUUACAUCAGAAGAGAGAGGGUUCUCUUUAUAUCUUGGUCUAAUAUCUACUGCUGUGUAACAUCGCCAAUCCUAACUAGAACAGCCUACUUGUAUCCAAACUACUUAGGCGUAUUGCUAUAUACAUAUCAUACGUGAUCUCUCAAUGCUGUUCAUAUUCAGUGUGGCUGUUACAUCGGUUGAGAGAUGAGUGUGACUACAAUGUCUACAAUAAUCACUCACACACACUUAUGCUUUGUUCUUUCUCCCUGCCUUGGUGCUAUUCUAUGAUGGGUUAUGUAUUGCAAAAGCUAGAUAGAAUGUAGCCUAGGUAGCCAUAAUAACACUCCAAGGAAUUCCAAGGAACAAAUGCACCAAGGUCCUAGAUGUAGCUCAAGCUUCUCAUGCUAAUGAUGCAAUGACAUAUCCGAAGAGUCAGAGUCAGAGUCCUCUGUCUGAAAACAGGUUAUAUGCAUAAUAUUGACUAUGGCGGACUAGCAGUUGGUAGUGCAGACUGUUUAUUCAAUGGUAUAGAUGGACAAACCUCAUGUAAAGUAAAUUAAUCUGUUACAACCGUUCUAUUCCCCAGAAAACAAAGAGGGUAUUGAAUUGUGGUGGUAGAGACAGAUGGACAUACAGACAGACAGAAACAUCAUUGAUCAUUUUGAGGAGUCUGUUGCCAGCUGGUCAAAGGAAUGUUCACUUUUUUAAAUGAGUUGUAAAUAAAUGACUGCAUAAUGUUUUUAUUUAAUAAUUAUUUAUGUAUUAUAUAUAAAUAUGUUAAUUUCUUUUUUAUUGCGCCGUGUUAAGUAAAAACCUCUCGAAGUGUGUGUGCGUGCGUGCGUGCGUGCGUGUGUGUGUGCAUGUGUGUUUCUGCCUAUGUGUGUGUAACGUUAAUGAUCUUUGCUAAAGCGAUACUGAUGAUUACCUUGUUAAAACAAAGUUGCAGAGCUCUGUCCUUUUCCUACAGGUUGUUUAUAUGUAUCUGACCAGUUGCUGAUAAUAAAUAAGAAAAACA